AUGAGCGGUGAUAAAUCAUUACUUUAUUGUUAUAAUAAAGGAUGCGGUAAAAAAUUCAACCCCACUGAGAACGGUCCUGAAUCAUGCUUAUAUCAUCCAGGACCACCAUAUUUCCAUGAUGCAUAUAAAAUAUGGAACUGUUGCAACAAGAAAAGUACCGAUUUCGGGACGUGGCUUAGCUUCGUUGGAUGUACCAAAGGAAUGCAUAAUGGUGAAAAGCCAAACGUUGAUGAUAGUGCUAAACCGAUUAAAAGUGAAUCAAAAAUUCGACCAGAAGCUCCUGAAGAGGUGAUUGUAUGGAAUGGUUUAAACAAACCGGCGUUUCGUGAUGAUCGACCGCGUAUAAUGCAAAAUCUCGAGGUGAAUAUCAGUGAUGGGGUUGUCAAGGCCAUUGAGGCUUUUGAACAUGCCAGUUUAAAUUCACGAAAUGACGUUGUUCAGAUUGGUUCGCCUUGCAGAAAUUCAGGUUGCAACCAGGUUUAUGAAGGUCUCAUGAGUGAUGAAAAAACAUGUAUCUACCAUAGUGGUACAGCUGUUUUUCACGAAGGAAUGAAGUUUUGGUCAUGCUGUGAAAAAAAGACUACUGAUUUUGGAGCAUUUAUGGAACAGAAAGGGUGUACUGCUGGAAAACAUAACUGGUCUAAGAUAGAGAUAGAUGCAAAAAUUCGUGAAGACUGGUUUUGUCGUUCGGGUUUUGUACAUCUGAAUAUAUAUUGUAAAGGUGUUAUGCCUGAUAAGUGUUCUGUAAAAUGCGAUGGCCUCGUAUUGCUUUUGAAGAUAGUACAUGGCUUCGGUACCAAAGAGACUGAAAAGAAAUAUGAACUUUUUGAUGCAAUCGAGGUUGGAGAAUCAAAAGUAAAUUUCGGAGAACGAAAAAUAGAGUUGGUUUUAAAACAGAAAUGUUCUGGCGAUAAACCAUCAAAUUGGCCGCGUCUUAUUUAUGAUCCUGUUAUAGAUGCUGUAGAGAAUUGA